GCGGCGCAGGUCAGUCUGUCAGGCAACCGGUCUGAAACUCGGUCUAAGAGAUUAUCUGUCCACGCGUUUGCGGCUUUUUGAUUUUUUUUUUAUCAAAAAAAACCCCCCGUGUGUAAACGCUACACGCUAUCACACGAAUAUAUAAGAAAUACAAAACGUGGCACAAUUUUUUUUUCUUCUAUACUUAUCAUUGUUUUCUUUAUUUAUCUUGAAUUAAUUAAUUAUUUAUUUAUAAUACAUAUUUAUUUAUUUAUAUAUUUACAAAUUUAUUUAUUUAUUUAUAUAGUUUAUAUAAAAAAAAGUGAUUAUCGUUAAAAUUGAACAAUGAUAAACCUUUGUGCUUUACAAUUGUGUUCAAAAGUUUUUUUAUUUUGGAAAUUUAUGUGAAUUUAUACACUUAAGCUGCAAAAUUCCUGUGGAAUUAAUCCAAUUUUAUUGUAUAUAUAUGAAUGAGAAGCAAUAUCGUGAGGUUAUUUACGCCACUGGAUGAUAUAGCAAUAUUUAGAAAAUUACAAAAGUUCAUACAAGUUGGAAAAUUAAAAAAAAAAAUCUUUAUAUAUAUGCCUCACGUGUCUAUCGGGGGUAAAUAAAGUGUGGAAGAAAUUUAAGGUGGUGUGGACAUAGGUAAUGUUGCUGGAGUCGCGAAGUCUUGCUAGAAGGAAGAGAAACGGACUGACCCUGACUACUUACGGUAGCGGCGUCGGUGGCGGCGGGGGUGCUGCUGGUAGUGAAGAAGACGAAGAAGAAAUAUCAUCUCGUCCAUUUCUUGACGGUGGCACUGGUAGCCAUAAAAUGCCAAAAUGUAUCGAACAAGAAGCAACAACUGCUGCUGGUGUUGUGACAGAAAUUACUGGUUGCACAAGAGAUGACGGUGAUGAAGGAUCAAGUCUUACAUCUAAUCUUGGUCAACACAAUGAUAACCAUAGCAAUAUUAAUAAUAAUAGUAAUAAUAAUAACAAUAAUAAUAAUAAUUGCAAUUCAAAUAGACAUUGUGCAACAGAUUUUAGUAUAGCUGCUAUAAUGGCACGCGAUUCACACCAGCAGCAGCAACAACAGCAACAACAACAGCAACAGCAACAAGAACAGCAGCAGCAACAACAACAGCAACAGCGUAGUGUACAAAAAAAUUCAACAACUUCACAUCAACAUCCAAGAUCAAGUCAGGAACAGUCCGUCGGCGGAGGAAAACUUCAUCAACAUGAAAAAGAAGCAAGUAGUCUAUGUGCUAAUCGAAUACCGGCAAUACCACAAGAUUCAGUUGAAAUUGAAGAUGACCUUGAAACAGAUGAUGCCGGAAGUACAAGUGGCAAAGCUUUAUCUCCAGUAACAAAUCCUCUAUUGCAAGAACAAUCAAAUUGUGAUGAACUUAGGCAUGUUGUUUGUCAUCUAGAAACAAAAGAACUUUGGGAUAAAUUCAAUGAGCUUGGAACUGAAAUGAUAAUAACAAAAACUGGAAGGCGAAUGUUUCCUACCUGUAGAGUAUCUUUUAAUGGACUGAGACCUGAUGGUCGUUAUGCAGUAUUGAUGGACAUUGUACCAGUUGAUAAAAAAAGAUAUAGAUAUGCAUAUCAUAGAAGUUCUUGGCUUGUUGCUGGUAAAGCUGAUCCACCAGCACCUGCACGUUUAUAUGUUCAUCCAGAUUCACCAUUUACUGGUGAACAAUUAAGAAAACAAAUUGUAUCAUUUGAAAAAGUUAAACUUACUAAUAAUGAAAUGGAUCGACAUGGACAUCUGGUUUUAAAUUCAAUGCACAAAUAUCAGCCCAGAAUCCACCUGGUAAAACGACCGGAUUCGGGUGCCAAGGAGCCGAUUGAAGACUUAGAACGUGAACCACACAAGACCUUUAUAUUCCCGGAGGCCAUUUUCACCGCUGUCACCGCCUAUCAAAAUCAACUUAUAACGAAGCUCAAAAUUGACAGUAAUCCUUUUGCAAAAGGCUUCCGAGAUUCUUCACGGCUCACAGAUUUCGAAAGUUAUCCUUUCAGGGAGACAAUGGAAUCAAUGCUGGCUGAACAGCAAACAAUGAGAUUUCCUCAUAGAUUUCCAUUUGAAAUUGAUCAACUACAAGCUGGUGCUAGUAAUCUUAGUCUUGAAGAAAAAGCUCUAUGGGCAGCAAGAUCACAAAUUUUAUUAAGAGCAGCAGCAGCAGCAGUUGGACCAUACGCACAAUUAGUUAAUCCAGCACUUGUAUAUCCAGGAACAUCAUCAACAGCAGGUAUUAGUCAUCAACAUCAAUCUCAACAACAACAACAACAACAAGCACAACAAGUACAACAAGCACAACAAGCUCAACAACAACAACAGCAGCAACAACAACAGUUGGGUCAUCUUUGGUGGGCAUCAUCAAUUGGACCAACACUUUUUGCAGCAGCUCAUCAACAGCAACAACAGCAGCAGCAGCAACAACAACAACAGCUUGUAACAAAUUCACAACAAAGUCCACAUUCUGGUCCAGCUGCACCACGACCAAUUUAUCCAUCAGCACUUGCUUUGGCUCAUCAACGUUUUUCUCCAUAUUUAACAAUAUCAAAUAGAAAAUCAACAACAACUGCAAUACCAUCACCAACAUCUGUAUCAAGACGUGCAACACCAUCACCAACUGGUAGUAUUUAUAGAGAUGUACAAGAUCUUUCACCUUCGUAGUUGACGAAUAUUGUUGAUUUAAGUAUUAGACAACAUUUAUUAAACAGGACAAUAUAAAUAUGUAUAUGACGACUGCAAAUAUCAGAUAAUAGAUAUAUAUUGUCUAUUGAUCCUAUAUAUGUUUUAUCUAUAUUCAUUCUGUAUUAUAAUAAGCUGUAUAUUUUGCCAUACAUAUACAGGUAUUACGUAUCAUUAAGUAUCAAUCAUUGUUAUCGUUAUUCGUUUUUUUUUUUUCAUAUUAAAUGAGAACUCUACAAGGCGUGUCAUUCAUUCAGUGGAAUGAUUAGUCGAGUUUCAUCUGUGAUUAUGAAACAAAUAUAAUAAUAUAAUAAAAAGAAAAAUUAAUUUAAAAAAUUCUAAGUAUAUAAAACUCGAAAAGUCUUGUAUAGAAAAUGUAUUAAAAGAAAAUUAUUAUACUGCUAUAAAAGAAAUCAUUUUAGCAUUAAAAUAUUGAACCCUUUGUAAAUAUAUAAACCCAAAAAAAUUAAAUUUUAACAAAAAGAAGAAAAAAAUAAUAAAAAAAAUUAAUAAAUACAAAUUAUUGUAUCAA